AUGCGACGUGCGACCGUCUUCCGAGGCUGUGGCCAGGGGGCCUCGUUCUUCGAGAGAGCUUCUAAGCAGCUCGCGGAAUGGAGUACUAUACCUACGACGACGACCUCUCGAGUAUCCGCGCCUUUGUCAUCUCACGUCUCUAUACGAUACAAAUCUAGCGUCAAUGCUUCUUUUCAAAUGGUACCCUCGGCCGUCCGACCGAAGGCGCAAGUCCAUCCAGCAAGUCUUUUUGUACAACCAAGAGUAGGCCUGUUGGCACAUUGGAGGCCGGCAGCUGCUCAACUACGGCUAUUCAAUUAUACCCCUCGCUUGCGGGAAGCACCGAAAUCCCAGGACCGGCAGGAUCUGAUAGAAAAAGUGAGGGCUAAAAGAGAGGAGGAAGAGGAAGAUCUGAUCGACGAUCAAGCUGGAUUCGGGAGAAGCGAGAAGGCAAACAGAGCAGCCCAGGUCAACCUGAGUGCGCGUCUCCAGAGCAAUAAGACCAAUAACUCUGCAGGACUCGGCGAGAUAUGGAGGUUAAUCAAGAUUGCAAGACCAGAGGCAAAAUGGCUAGGACUGGCCUUUGCCUUUCUGUUGAUUUCAUCCAGUAUUACAAUGUCUAUACCCUUUUCUAUCGGAAAAAUAUUGGAUCUAGCUACCAAGGAUCCCUCGGAGGGAGGCAAAUUGUUCGGCCUGGAAACCGGACAGUUUUAUCUGGCUCUUGGUGCAGUUCUCACUGUUGGAGCGGCCGCGAAUUAUGGACGUAUCAUCAUUCUUCGAAUUGUAGGAGAACGCAUCGUUUCCAGGCUACGCUCGCAGCUGUACCGGCGGACAUAUGUGCAGAAUGCCGAGUUCUUUGAUGCCAACCGAGUCGGAGAUUUGAUCUCUCGGCUCGGUUCAGAUACUGUCAUUGUUGGCAAAAGCAUUACGCAGAAUCUGUCCGAUGGACUUAGAGCAAUUGUCAGUGGAGGUGCUGGAUUUGCGGCGAUGGCUUGGGUCAGUCUGAAGCUCACCAGCAUUCUUUGCCUGAUGUUUCCACCCGUGGCAAUCGGUGCUUUCUUUUACGGUCGAGCUAUCCGAAAUCUUAGUCGGAAAAUUCAACGGAACCUGGGAACUUUGACGAAAAUCGCGGAAGAGAGACUUGGAAAUGUGCGAACGAGUCAGGCAUUUGCUGGCGAGAUCCAGGAAGUUGGACGAUACAAUCACCAAAUCAAGAAGAUUUUCGCGUUAGGAAAGCGAGAGGCUAUCAUCAGCGCUACUUUCUUCAGUUCCUCAGGGUUCCUCGGGAACAUGACAAUCUUGGCAUUGCUCUAUUCUGGGGGGUCUAUGGUCAAGAGCGGUGUCAUUAGUAUUGGCGAUUUGACCUCGUUCCUGAUGUAUACUGCCUAUGCAGGAUCGAGUCUGUUUGGUGUUUCCAGCUUCUACUCCGAACUCAUGAAGGGUGUUGGUGCUGCCAGUCGCUUAUUCGAGCUCCAAGAUCGAAAGCCUAGUAUCCACUCUACAGUUGGAGUAAAGGUCAAAUCUGCCCAAGGUGUCAUCAAAUUCUCUAACGUUAACUUCGCUUACCCAACACGGCCGGCAGUCAACAUCUUCGAAGGUCUUGAUUUUGAGAUUCCAUCGGGGACCAACGUUGCCAUUGUUGGGCCCAGCGGCGGUGGCAAGUCCACUAUUGGAUCCUUGCUUCUCAGAUUUUACAAUCCUACAAAUGGAACUAUCUCUAUCAAUGGGGUAGACAUCUCCAGCAUGAAUAUCAAAUCGCUUCGGCGCCGUAUUGGCAUGGUUGGUCAAGAACCAGUCUUGUUUUCUGGUUCUAUCGCGGAGAACAUCGCGUACGGCAAACCGAGCGCAUCUAGAGCAGAAAUUGUUGCUGCAGCACGGAAGGCGAACUGCCAGUUCAUUAGUGACUUCCCCGAUGGUCUUGAUACCAGUGUCGGUGCUCGUGGCGCUCAGCUAUCUGGAGGUCAGAAACAACGAAUUGCCAUUGCCAGAGCGCUACUCAAGAACCCCGACAUUCUGAUUCUCGAUGAGGCCACUUCCGCUUUAGAUGCGGAAUCCGAGACGCUGGUCAACUCGGCUUUGGCAGCAUUGCUUCGGGGACAUAAUACCACUAUUUCAAUCGCCCAUCGACUUUCAACUAUAAAGAGAUCUGAUCAAAUUAUUGUUCUCGGCAAUGACGGCAAGGUCGCGGAGACGGGAUCAUUCCCUGCUCUAUCCAGCAAUCCUGACUCUGCCUUCUCCAAAUUGAUGGAGUGGCAAAUGAGUGGAGGAGACGCAGCGGACAAGCGGCCUGCGUCAUCAGAAGGUCACUUCACAGAGACGGAAGAAAUCGAAGACGACCUGAAGCGGAUGGACGAGGACGUAGCUGAUGAAGAAGACUUGACAGAUGACUUGGUCAGAAUAGAGGACGGAGAUAACAAAAGGGCGAAGGGUAACACUCAGAACCAGACUGGGCCGGUACUGGACAAGAGGGACAAGUAG